UCUGCUACUAGCCCUGCCACUCAAAGAGCAAGAAAAGCCACGAAGCUCCGGGCGAAGCCGAGACGAGCCGGAGCAGCAGCACCCCGCCCGUCGCGCGCAAUGGCGAUCCCCAAGGUGGACCUGCGAGGGCUCGAGCCGGGGACGCCGGGGUGGGAGGCGGCCCGGGCCGCGGUGACCGCGUCCAUGGUGUCGCACGGCUGCGUCGUGGUCGCGCACGGCGCGCUCGGGCCGGAGCUCCGGGAGGCGCUCUUCUCCCGCGCCGCGCGCGAGCUGUUCGCGCUCCCGGCGGAGGCCAAGCGGCGGAACGUCUCCACGGUGGGGCCUUACAGGGGCUACAUCACCAACACCCCCGGGAUGAACUGGGAGAGCCUCCACGUCGGCGCCGCCGCCGACGCCGGCCGCGUCCCGGAGUUCGCCGGCCUCCUCUGGCCUGAUGGCAACCCCGAGUUCUGGUGUUCGUCCAGUGACACGAUCGUGUCGUUCGCCAAGAAGAUGACGGAGCUCGAGCGGGCGGUGGAGAGGAUGACCCUGGAGGGCCUCGGCGUCGGGGAGGACCACAUCGCCUCGCACCUCGACGCGCACGACGACGCCGUCCGCUUGUCCCGCUACGGCCCGCCGCCGGACGCCGCGAGCGCCAUGUCCAUGGGGGAGCACCGGGACGACACCGUGAUCACCAUCAUCGUGCAGCACGAGGUGGAGGGCCUCGAGGUGCAGGCCAGCGACGGCAGCUGGCACACGAUCCCCCCUGAGCCGGACACGGUCGCCUUCAUGGCCGGUGAGCUGUUCACGGUGGUGACGAACGGGCGGGUGCCCGCGUGCGUGCACCGCGUGAGGACGCCGAGCCACCGCGAGCGGCUCGUGGCGCUGUUCACCACGCGGUGCAAGGGCGGCACCGUGGUGAGCGCCAUGGACGAGCUCGUCGACGGCGACCACCCGCUGGCGUACAGGCCGUGCAACGAGGACGAGUACGUCCAGUUCCGCCACUCGGAGGAGGGCGGCAGAUUCAGCGAACCGCUCAAGGCGUUCUGCGGAGUAGACGUACGCUAGCUGCACAAUGAUCCACUGAAGAUGAUCCUUGGAUUGGAAGUAUGAGUGGUAGUACCUAUCAUCUUCAGUUAGUGCUGGUUACUCGUCUUUAUGGGUUGUUUGAAUGUUUGUUCUCUUACGUUUCUGAAAAAUUCAACGGCUUCAUAUAUUAAAAAAACGAAGGAAGUAUCAUAUAAAAUCUUUCGAGUAACUAUCAUCUUCAUAUGUGAGAGGAUGUGUUCGGAAAGAAAAAGACAGUGCUAAAUAAAAUUGCGCAACGAUGACGAUCGAGCGUGGUUCUAUAAUAAACUCUCCACUGAGAUACAAAUACAAUAUUUACUUUAUCUA